AUGGGCUCUCGUCUUGAUGCAAACUCUGACGCUAUGCGCAAGCGGCCUGAUAUAGAUGACUUCCACGAUGAAACAGGCGAGGAAUAUGAGGCUUCCAGCUUUGGUGGGUUUGGAGACUAUAUGCGACGUAAAAAGAUGAAAUUGCAAAACUUAGACGCGGAAAUCCGAGCCACGUCCGGCGAAUGUCCCCAGAUCUUCCGUGGUAUUGUUGCACAUGUCAAUGGUUAUACUCAGCCAUCGCUACAGGAUCUCCACCGUCUAAUCGUCAGUCACGGUGGAGGAUUUCUUCAAUAUCUAGACGGCAAGACUGCAGCAACCCAUAUCAUUGCAAGCGCUCUCACUCCCAAGAAAUGUGAAGAGUUCCGGCGAUACCGCAUCGUGAAACCUGCAUGGAUCACAGAGAGUAUCAAAGCCGGCCGGCUGCUACCGUGGAAUGAUUUCAGGGUUGUCGACGAAGGUCAAUCCCAAAAGGUUUUGAAAUUUGGUGGGGGUCGCAUAACUAGCCAAACAAACACACCACGGUCAGGCUACAAGGACCAAUCCAGCACAAGCUGGUAUAACAACCAGCUCCAGGCAAUGGGACCCAUCGCUAGGGAGCGAGGGACUGAAGAUCAUGAGACCCCUUCAAAACCAGGCCCAGCGACGCCCACCUUACCACUUCAGUCUCCUCGGUCUCAUAAGCGUUCUUCCAGUUCCUCCUCCAUACCCAAGGAGACCAAGCCCAGUCCUUCUGCAACCCCUAGCAGCAGUCAGUCAUAUUACAUGAAAACCCCUUCCAAGGUCACUGCAUUUUCAAACGAAGAUCUUGAUCAAUUGGAAAGUCCCCACAAGAACGAGUCGGGUCGAAUUCAGGUCGACCCAGUCCUUAGCAAUAGUACCCACAAACCUCUAAACCUAUCAGGCUCUCAAUUCAUUCUACCUGCUGAGCCAGAGCAAAAAGCAGCUCCGUCUGUUCCUACGGAUGAUAUUCGGAAAAAGCUUACGGCUCAGGGAAAGCUUGAAAACUUUCGGUCGGGCUCUCCAUGCCCACCCCCGCGUCAAACGCAAGCACCUUACCAGGAAUGGAAAUCUGGAAGCUCGAGCCUGCCUCACCAUCCUGAGCUAGAUCCCGAAACAUUGGCGGCACUGCCAGAGGACAUCCGUAACGAGGUCUUGGCUCAUUACAAUAAUAUGCCCCGCGAAUCUACUUCGGAUACGCCGCCAGCCCCUCCUGCCCAUUCAUCGACAUCAGCACGACCAUCCCCUGCAGGGUCGGCCGGAAUCAAAAGGCCUGCUUCACCGAUAAGAAAACCAAUACGACCGAUCAAAUCGGGAAAGGGAUCUACUAGGACACUGAUGCAAUUGGGAUUCGUUUCCCAACCUUCCGGUUCUUCAACGCCUACUAUUAAUUCCACAUCCAAACAACAAUCCUCUCCGACACCCGCUCCACCUGCACACUUGCCAGUAUCUGUGCCGGCGGCGACUGAAAAGACAAGUCAACCCGGUACGGGUGAUUCAGGGAAAGACACUCCCAGCAAUAAUUCAAAUCCAACAAACAGAGCCAGUUUUACAUCAAAGGCCCUAUCGAAUAUAGAUGACCUGCGUGAUUCCAUUUCUGCCUGGCAUACUGCCUUCCUGGAUGAUGCACCAUAUAAAGACGAUGUACAGGCGCUGUGCAUAUAUCUUGGCCGAGUAACUACAGAAGAGAAAGAUGUCGAUAAGGCGGUCUCAGUGGUACGGUGGCUAAUGUGGCUUGUGGAUCAAAAUGCACAGAAGCAGGGCGAUCAAACAGAAGUUCAGCUGGAGAACGAUGUUGUGACUUGGGCGCAGGCUAUAGAUAUCAUGCAGGAAAGUAUACAAUCAGCUUUGAAGGCGAGGGACCUGCCUGUGGUCAGCUUUGAUUAA